UUAUGCCUUUAUUUUAGAGAUAGGACAGUAGAGAGAGAGCAGCGAUUCACAUGCGGAAAAGGAGCCACAAGUCGGAUUUGAACCUUAGCCGCCCACCUUGCGGGACAGAGCCUCCGUACAUGGGGUGCAUGCUCAAACCAGUAGCCUACCAGCACCGCCGUUUGAGUCAUUUCACAUUGUAGGUGUUUGAUCUUAUGGGAACGGGGAUCAAACUAGUUUACUUCUUGGGAUAUUUGUAUACAGGUCAUCCUGUUCCUCUGACUUGGUAUGGCAUGUAAACAGCAGGACAAAGAAUUUGAGGGGACCACAAAAGAGACCACCUGUUGUCUGCAAGAAAACCUGCAGCUGUCUUGAAGAGAAAAGUAGGUGGGCUUAAAGGGUCCAGGCAGAGUGAGUAAGAAAUAAAGUUGUAGAAAAAGGAGAGCGCUGUAGGUUAAAGCAACUGAGAAACAAGUGUUCUCCCGACCAAGAUGGCCACCAACCACAGCAAUUACAGCGCCUUCUACUGCAAAUUCAACGAGGACUUCAAAUAUAUCCUCCUGCCCGUCAGCUAUGCCCUGGUCUUUGUUAUCGGCCUGGCACUGAACGCGACAGCCUUGUUUGUGAUUGUGUUCCGCACUAAGCGCUGGAAGCCCUCCACCAUCUACAUGUUCAACCUGACGAUGUGCGACACGCUCUACAUCUUCACCUUGCCCUUCCUUGUCUAUUACUACGCAGACGAGAACGACUGGCCCUUCACUGAACCAUUGUGCAAGCUCAUACGCUUCCUUUUUUACGCCAACUUAUACGGUUCUAUCCUCUUCCUGUGCUGUAUCAGCCUACAUCGCUUCAUUGGUAUCUGCUACCCAGUCCGCUCCAUGAGCUGGGUCACUGCGCGUCGGGCCAGACUGGUAUCUGUGGCAGUGUGGGCCAUUGUUUUUUGCUGCCAGGCACCUAUUCUAUACUUCUCAAGAAUCAGGGCUCGGGACACUGGGCGGGUCUGCUACGACACCACAAGCCCAGAGCUUUUUGAUGACUUCCUGGUGUACAGCUCGAUCAUAUCAGUUCUCAUGUUUGCCCUGCCCUUCAUGGUGGUGAUGGUGUGCAAUGGCCUUAUGGUGCGGAAACUUCUGGAGCCAGGCUGGGGCUCUGAUGGGGGACCUGAUAGCGAGAGAAGGGGUCUGUCGGCUAAUCGCUCCAAGCAGAAAUCAGUGAAGAUGAUCAUCAUUGUGCUGGGAACGUUCAUGCUCUGCUUCCUCCCUUUCCACCUCACUAGGAGUCUUUACUACUCCUUUAGAUACCUAAGACAGCUCAAUCCAGCGCAGAUCAGCUGUACUUUGCUAGAGGCCUCCAGUGUGGCCUACAAAGUCACCCGACCCUUGGCCAGCGCCAACAGCUGUCUUGACCCCAUCCUUUACUUCCUGGCUGGACAGGACGCUCGCAGUAAUCUCAUCAAGAAGACCAAGGCGUCUUCAUCAAGAGCAACAAGUGUGAGCCGACGCUUGACAACAAAACUCUGAUCCAAUACCAAACACGUACUCCUACAUGUUUGCCAGUUGACAAUUCAACAAGCCCAGGACUUCAGAGGGUUGUAGGAAAUGUGAGUUCAAAUAGGGAAAACACGUAUUUAAUAUCCCUCUUGUAUGUCAAAAACAAAGACUGAGUUUAAACAAGAACACUCAAGAACAUUGCAAUCACAUGACCUUCUUUAACCAGACGAAAUGCAAGUUCAUAUUCAACUAGAUGAAUACAUUCUAUAUGACUGAAAGCAAUUAAUACACAUGUGAAUCAUGCAUUGUAUUGAAGACUUAAAUCUCUCGAGGGAACUUUUGUUUUUUAAUUAUGUUGGCGCCCCCUGUGGACAUAGCAGCAACUCAUAUCUCUUUGCUGACUAUUUUCUCUGUGUAAGUUAAGUUUUUAUACCAAUAGUUUUUGUGGCAACAUUCUUUUGAUGCAGUGAUUUCCAAAGUGGGGCCUAGGACCCCUAGAGGGUGCCCGGAGUUUUGACUCAGUUUUUCACUGCUAGGAAAGCAUGGCAAAUCUUGUGAGAGGACUUCCAGGUAAAUAUAGGGCUGAAAAAAAAUCUGUACCACACGCAACAAAUUUGGAAGUUUUAUGUUACAGUAUAACUUUUAAUUGCUUCCUCUCUAAAAGUGGCUUUGGUCAUAACACAAAGACGUUGCUGUUCUGUACCUUUGACAGCCAAUGUUUGAGAUAAAUUCGAAAAAUAUAGGAAUUUGUUAGCAAAGAGAAUGACUGACAGUGUGAUUGUAUGUUGAUAUAAUGUGUUGAUUUGUAUUGCGAGGGAUGAAGGCGGGUCUUGAAAAAGUUUUGGAACCACUGGUUUCAUGUAUCACUCAUUGAGAAUCUCUAUAACAGAUUAGCAAAAUAAGGCUGUCUCUGCAGCAUGCUGGUCAUGGCUUAAUCUGACACCUACCCUGUAGCAGUAAUUGUAGGCAUUAAGAAUUACAAUACAGAAAUAAUCAAUCUUCAUGCUGAUGGUCUUGUUUGCUUUUGUAGCUUAGAGGCAUCAGUAUUCAUUUCAGUCUGUUUCAUAACCAGCUAAAAACUCCUCAGCGGCGCUCUCAGACAUUAUGUAUUUAUAACAUUAUUAAAGUGUGUGAUGUUCAGACAGAACUUAACUAAGAGGUGUCCCAAGGCUUUCUGUUAAUGAUUCUACAGUACUACUUGACAAUACUGCCCUUGAGGUUUGUACAUUUGUUUGUAUUGGGAAGAGGUGGCUUUUCCUCAUUUAAAACUCUGUGUGUGUGUGUGUGUGUGUGUGUGUGUGUGUGUGUGUGUGUGUGUGUGUGUGUGUGUGUGUCACCCAAUGCGAAGGAACUAAAAAUAUGCUUUAAUAAACGUGUUCAAAUUUUGACAAAUUCAUUGUGGUGGUACACUUGUAUUACAUGUCUCUUGUAUCUUACUGUGUUUGAUUGAUCUGGUAACAUAACUUGUGUCAAGUUCAAUUUACUUCCUAAAGGCUCAGCUUAUUGAGUCUUUCAUAGUUAGUCUCUGAUUG